AUGGAGGCAGAGAAGUACAUUCCACCGUGGAAGUCGCCGUAUAUUAUCGGAAUAGCGGGGCUCAGUGGAUCCGGCAAGACGACUGUUGCACAAAAAAUCAUAUCGUCCAUAAAUGAACCGUGGACCAUCCUCUUUUCUCUAGACAACUUCUACAAGGAACUAACACCAGAGCAAAGCGCACAAGCGUUCCGGAAUGAAUACGAUUUUGACACGCCUAACUCCAUUGACUUAGACCACCUUUACGAUUGCGUGAAGUCGAUCAAGCAAGGAAAGAAGACAGACAUCCCAAUGUACUCGUUUGUGAAACACAAGCGACUGCCAGACGAAAAGUUGACGAUUUACGGCGCUAACGUGGUAAUCAUCGAAGGGAUAUAUGCUCUUCACAAGAAGGAGCUUUUGGAAUUGAUGGAUUGUAAGGUUUAUGUCGACACAGAUCUGGACAUUUGCUACUCGAGACGUUUGCUGCGGGACAUUGUCCACCGGGACCGUGACAUCCAGGGUGUCAUCAAACAGUGGGACUCAUUUGUCAAGCCAAACGCUGUCUCGUACGUACUUCCUACCAGAGCAAAUGCAGAUGUUGUCAUUCCGAGAGGCUCCGACAAUACUGUCGCAAUGGAAAUAUUAAUCCAACACUUGAGGAGACAGUUGGACCAAAAGUCCAUUGACCAUGUGAACCACUUGAAAACCUUGGGCAAAGCUGUUGUCCCGGUAAACUGGGAGAAUGUACACUUCUUGAAACCUACAAACCAAUUGAAGGCCAUCAAAACAAUAAUAUUAAACAGAAACUCUACAAACGACGAUUUCGUUUUCUUUUUUAACAGGGCAGCAUCGAUCUUGAUAUCUGAAGCUCUUGACUUGGUGGAGUAUAUUCCAGGCACUGAACUCAAGAAAACGAUAGUGACUCCAACCAACUGUACCCUGGAAAUGGGUGAUGCUUUCUUCCCUGGACAGGAGGUUAUUGCUGUUUCUGUUGUGAGAUCAGGCGACUGCUUCAUUAGAUCCCUUCGCCGAAUUAUUCCAGCAGCGAAAAUUGGGAAGCUUCUUAUUCAAACUGAUUCAAGAACAGGUGAGCCAAAAUUACACACAGAAAAACUGCCGCCAUUGGAAGCAAAGGAAGGUGGCAAACCGUCCAAAGUCUUACUAUUUGACUCACAAACUAUAUCCGGUGCCGCCGCAAUCAUGGCAAUCAAAGUUUUACUAGACCACAAUGUUCAGCAAGAUCAAAUUGUACUUGUAACCUAUACAUCCACCGAAACAAGUAUUAGAAAGAUAUUCAAUGCUUUUCCUAGGAUUCACCUGGUGGUCGCAUGUGUAGGCAAGCGUUCCCACGAGAGCACCCUAAUCUCCAAUCCUGAGGCGGACUCUAAUUUGGACUCAGAUUGGUGGAUGUCAUCCCGUUUUAUAGAUAGCAGGUACUUCGGUACAAGCUAA